CCAAUGGAGAAGGAGGGCUUGGGGAGCACAAUUACUGCAGGAACCCUGAUGGAGAUGUCAGCCCAUGGUGCUACAUUGCAGAGCAUGAGGACGGAGUGUACUGGAAAUACUGCGAGAUUCCAUCCUGCCGAAUGCCCGGAAAUCUUGGCUGUUACAAGGACCAUGGCAACCCACCUCCUCUGACUGGCACCAGCGAGACCUCCAAUAAGCUCACCAUCCAAACCUGCAUCAGCUUCUGCCGGAGUCAGCAGUUCAAGUUCGCAGGCAUGGAGUCCGGCUAUGCCUGCUUCUGUGGGAAUAAUCCUGACUACUGGCGCUACGGGGAGGCUGUCAGCACAGAGUGCAACAGCGUCUGCUUUGGGGACCACACGCAGCCCUGUGGCGGCGACGGCAGAGUCAUCCUCUUUGACACACUUAUUGGUGCCUGUGGAGGGAACUACACUGCUCCGACAUCAGUGAUCUAUUCCCCAGAUUUCCCCGACGUGUAUGGCACAGGCAGGGUCUGCUACUGGACCAUACAAGUUCCAGGGGCAUCUCAGAUCCAUUUCAGCUUCGCUCUCUUUGACAUCAAGGACUCAGCAGACAUGGUGGAGGUGCUGGAUGGCUACACGUACCAUGUGCUGGCCCGUUUUGACAGCAGGAACCAGCCUCCCCUUUCUUUCAACGUCUCUUUGGACUUUGUCAUUCUGUAUUUCUUCUCAGACCAGAUAAAUCAGGCCCAGGGAUUUGCUGUCAGGUACACAGCGACCAAGGAGACGGUACAGCAGGACAAAGCCCCCGUCAACCUGACCCUCACCGAGGUGAUAACUGAACAAGCAAAUCUAAGUAUCAGUGCAGUGCGGUCUUCAAAAAUACUUUAUGUCAUCACGACCAGCCCAAGUCACGCCCCUGGCACCAUGCCUGAGUGGACAGUCUAUGGCCUUACAGCACUGCUCAUCUUGAGCGUCACUGCCAUACUGGCCAAGAUACUUCUGCACGUCACAAUGAAGUCUCACCAAGUGCCCUCUGCAGCUGGGAGAGAAGAUUCCUACCGGGCAACCCGUGCAAGCGAGAUCUGGAGUAUUUUUUAUGAGCCGUCCACAUCAAUCUCCAUCUUCAAGAAAAAACUUAAGUAUCAGCAAGACGAUUGUAACCCCCUUGUGGAAGACUAAGUGCCAGUCGCUUCACAGGGCACAAUGUUCUGCAACUCAAGGGACCUGGCGCUAAUUCUUUCCUCCCAGUCCGAGUCUCGUCUCCCAAGAUCUGCUCCUCCAUGGGCUUUGACUGGCCUUCCUUUCCUGUAGUUCUCCAAUGCACACCAGACACAGCAGAGCCAGCAGCUGUAACCAUUUGGAAGAGUCUGGUGCUUGCCAGAUCUCUCAUCCUGCUCAGUACUGCCAUUAAACUGGCACACUUGAAACAGAAAUGAUCUCUCUAAAAUGGCAAUUCCCUGCACACCUGCAAAACAAGGGAAACGUGGAACCCGUGGAGAUCAACGCUCUGGGUCUGCUGGCACUGCCUUAGGCCCUCUGAGACUCCAAGCUGAGCCCAAGUAGAGAUGCCACUAUCAGUUCAGCUCCUGCCGCAACAGGUGGUGAACUGGCUCUUGCUGUAAAUAUUUCUAGCUGGCAGUGGACAGAGGUGAGCGAGUCAAAGACUUUGGAAAGGUAUCUGCCUGGUAGUCAGGGCUGUACUAUUUAUGGAUGGCCUCUUUUCAGAAGCACAAAUAUAGCAAACCAAUCACAUCUCAAAGGUGAAGUUAAGAAGAAAACACUCAAAGGCUCAGCUGCGAGCAGUAAUUUCCUGGGGUGGUGCCAUUGGACCAGACUCUGCAAGAGACAGAAAGAGCUUAAAAUGUGUGCGCCUGAGCGACUGCGCCCAGUGACUGCCUUUGAAAGGGGCACUGAGGGCAGCAAGGACACUGCCACAGCAGCUUUCUGCCACCCUGAUGCCCCCUGUCCCUUCCAGAUGUGACCACUGUGCUGCCUACCAAAGACUGAAAAUCAAGCUGGCAAUCCAGUAAACUUCAGAUGGUGAAGACAGCAAUCAAGAAUCCUCGCAGCAAACGUUGGAGAUCUAAUCUACCCCAUUAGCAAAGGGUCAGGGCACUACAAGGGAUCCAUGGUAGCUGGCAAAUUACUGCUGGGUAUGUCAUUGUUCCUUCUCUUCACCAGUAAAGACAAUGAUAGAAGCAAAGCAAUAUCUCUGUGCCCAAGUCUGCCAGUUAGAAGCAGUCCAGCGUGCCAUGUCUCAGAAGCACUCAGCAAGAACCAUUUAAUCCUUUUUUAAAGGGGAGGCAAUUGCCAAAAACCUCAUGCAGUCUAGAAGUAGAGUAGAGCGCGAGUAGGAUUAUGUUUUCUGAUGUGUAAUCCACGAGCGUGUGUGUGUGUGUGUGUGUGUGUGUGUGUGUGUGUGUGUGUGUGUCCUGUAACCACUGGAUCGUUUGCACAUCUGCACAGCCCCUGAACCCAAGUGCCUUAAGCAAACGCAUACAUAUUGGGGCAAGAGAUCUGUAACAAAUGGAUAUAUGUUCCAGCAAGCUGGAGUGUGAGAGUAAACACGGAUGCUUGCAUAUGGGUUUGACAGAGAAACCUGCGGUGCUUUAGGGGACCAAAAAGGGAUGUGUGCAUCAGCAGAAAAGAAAAAAGCCAAAACACAAAAACACAAACAUUGUCCUCAAGGCACCUGGAAAGAUGUGACAUGCAUAUGUAAUCCCCGUAGACCCCAAACUGGGAUGUGAGAAAGAUGAGAAAGGGCAAGAUCAACCUGGAGCAUAGCAGAUUUGUUUAAGCACACCAGCAAAAUCUGUAAACGAUUAUGUAUGCUUUAGAAACUGUUUGUUGUUUAAAAAUGGAGUCUCUGCAGUGAGAGCAGCUGAAAAAAGAAGCAAUAGUUUCCAUACCUCGGGACUUCAGCCUCCCCAGCAUUCCUCUGCUCGUGUCUAGACAGCAGGCUCAAUGUCUCUGUACAGGAGACUCCUUGAUGCAUCUAGCCCUCGCACCUGUUUCUAUUAUGACCUUAUCAACACCAUAUUUUAAGUGCAUUACAUACUUCCGCAAAACUGUGGGGCCAGGCACAGAAUCGUGGCAGACAAUCCACAGCCCAGCGCUAAGUCAGGCUGCCCGGGCUGCGCAUUCCAGUCUGCAGAAGAAAGGGAAGUGGCAGAACAGCUGGGCUGUGUCUUCAGCGUGAGGUGGAAGUAUGUAAUGUGAGUAAUCAAAGCAAAGCCAAGACCCACUUGUACAAUAAUGGGGAAGAGAAAUGUAGAAGACCAGCAACAACCAACUCAGGAAAUCUAACCAAACAAAGCACAAUUGAGGCCAAGAAAAGUGACAGCUGCUGCUGUAGGAUUUGGGGCUGAAAGUGGUUUGGGAUAUUAUUCCUAACAAUAUCCAGGCCAAGAGUGCUUUCUCUUCAGUCCCUUUGAUGCAGAGGAUGGGAUUAUACCAGCACAGCUGUCUUCAUACUCUGCAGUACUGGAGAGACAGCUUUGUUCCAGGAGGCUUUGGAAACAUUAGCACCACAGUCUCACUCUCAACAUCCGACUGUUCUGAGCUAUCACAAAAGGUAUUCUCCAACACGGAAAUCAGGGGUGUGUGGUGACAGAGAGAGUGGGGCUGGAGUGGAAAUGGCCGUGGCUCCACUCAAGUCAACGGAGCGGCAGCAAGUCACGUCAGCUGAGGACACGUCCAUUCUCCAUGACUUCUAUGCUGGCCCGCUCUGCCUUGGGGAAUGGUUUCAGUCUCCGGCUUGCUCAUGGAGCUGUGCUCACCACAGGGCUCCAGCGUCCAGGAGAAACAGGACUUUCUCCAUGUGUGUGUUUCUGAAGUUGUGCUCACGCUGCUGACUCCUGAUCCAUUACCAGGGUCCAACAACAACGCAAAGUCGGGGUAAAACAGUCCCUGCUCUGUGACCGUCUCUUUACAAAACAAAUCAUUUAGGACAUGUUUUCUAGCAACUUCAGGUCCCAGUCAAACUGCAAAGCUUCACCCAUCUGCCAGGUACUCUCAGCGGCCCAAAUAAGGGCCACAUGCAGCCCUUUAAUUCUUUCCAACAGCCACGGACCUCAAAGUUGCCUCCACACCUUUGCUCUGGCUGCUGCCCACAUCCAAUUAACUACACCAUGGCAUAAGGCCAAUCCCAGAGAAGCUUCACCACGCCGUGGGCCCUGGGCUUGCCCAGGGACCAUUACCCAACCACAGCGUAGCAGGCUCCAGUCAGGGUGACCCCAGGCUCUGGGCAUGUUUGAUGCAGGCAUCUUGUCCAGUCACAACCUGCCAGGAAUCGUAGUGCUUCAUUACUCCAAACCUCCACGCUUAACCUCGUGUUUGCCAAAGUGCCCUAUUACUCUCACAGGGCCGAGAUGCAAACGGGCCCUGGCCCCCACAGCCAUUUCCCUACCGGGUAGAGAGCUCUCCCUGACGGCACCUCUGCCCAGGCAGCUCUUCUCCCUGCUCACCGCGGGCACGAGCAGGAAGGGCCCUGCACUCUGGAGGUUCAGGCCGCCGUACUUACACGAAAGAGGACCUCCACAAACCACAGCGAGCUGCAGGACAGCGAGCUCGCCCUGCACGGGAUCGCGAGCAACAAGUUGCUCAAACAAAACAGUGAAGUUCAGCAAGGCCCUUCUAAAUGAAUCCCAAUUUUAAAGGAUAAGAAUAAAUGCUCGUGUCAGGUAGCCUGUGCCAUAAAAAUCCUGUGAUAAAAUUGACAGGGUCCUUAAAAAGAAGGAAUAAUUUUUCUUCCAUCACAAGCCUUCUGCAAGAAGGGGGAAGAGGCAGGCUGCAGGAAACUGCUGUGGUGAACAGAGGGGUGAAGCAAGAAGAACAGGGAGACAGACGAGUAACAAAAAUGCUGGUGCUCUCAGGCUUAUAUAUUAGUCACGGGGAAAGAAAAAAGAACAGCUGUGCUACUCCAUGCUCCUCAGCAAACGUUUCUUUUUUUGAAUCAGACCACGAGGAAGCUACAUUUUGCUCCCCAAGAGCCUGAGAGCGAAGGGACUGGAAACAGAAUGACAGACGUCUGGAAAAAUGGGGAGCUUUUAUGUCUGAAGUCCGAGCUCCAGUGCUCUCUGGCUGUUAGCAACGCUGAUAGGAUAGGCCAGCACCUCUCUCAGCACGCUUCACGCCCUGGAUGUCAUCAGCUGGGGAAUGGAGCCAAGAAACUGGGGACCCCUGUAAUAGGAAGCCAAAAAAAAGGCUUAAACAAAGGAAAGGGACUGUAGAAAUAUGCAAUUUUUGCUAGUCUGACAUAUCUCAUGCCCGCUAGAAAAGCAAAAAACUGUUUCGGCAUCUAAUUGGAGGCUGUUGGGACUGUUCAUUUUGUAUCUUGGAAAACAGUGAUAUGAUCUCAGAUGGGAAAGCACACUAGGACUGCAGCUUUACAGAGCACAGCAGCUCGGGAACAAGAGGUAUAGUUUUGAUUCAGACCUGCCGAGUCUGUCGGCUGUGAAACGAGAUGCCGCUUGUCCCUUUCUCAGUUUGUUCAAGAACCUAUGGCAGACUUUCAUUCGUAUUCCCAGAUCACUGGUGUGGUACCGAGUGGCCCAACCCUUUGGGCAAGAUUCCUGAAGGAAGCAGGGGUGUAGGUUUUAGCCGUGUUGGUCUAAGGAAGCAGGGCACUUCUGUGCCACUUGUGUCCACAACUCAGGUCCUCAGCAUCCGCGCUGCCACCGGCGGGCGUUUCCGGUUCCACCGCCGCGUCUCCCAGGGACCCGCACUGGGCCAGAGAGCAUGACGUUGCAGCCUGAGGGUUGGGGCACUCCCCUGGGAACUAGUUCCUGCUCCAGUAAAUAUUCAGGAUUUUAUACCAAGCUGAAGAGUUUCAAGAGGGGAGAGUGGGGCCACACCCAGCCGACCCCUCAGCCCAGAGGCGUGGAUGCUCCCUGGGAUGCAGUGCUGCAUUAAAUCCCUGUGCAAAUCAGAUCAGCACUGGGCGGUGGCGCACAAUGGCACAGGCAGCUGCAGCAGCACCUCCUCCGCUGUGCCAGGAAGGAGUGGUGGGGCUUAGUGCUGGUCCCAAAGCACUGAACCCUCUCUGGACUGGGGAUGGAGGUCAGGGCUGCCCUCAUGCCCAGAGGAAGACACCCACCUACCUACCUACGGACCAGGGGGAGCAGAGCACCAACCGCACCCCUCCGCAGCAGUGCCGCUGGCUAGCCUAGGCAGCUGGCCAGCCAGCUGGCUAACUGCCACCUGUGCAGUGUGUGGGGAGCCUGGGGCCUGCCGUCUAAUGCGGGGCAGCGAUUUGCACUCAGCAGCCCAGAGCCUCGGACUUGAGCAUCGCAGCGCUGAGUCCAAGCCCGUUGUGGAUCCUGACCGAGUCCACGCACAGCCGUGUUCACUUGGCAGACAGGCGCCAGAGGCAGUGCAACCGCUCUGCAAGAGCUGCGCGGAGCAGAAAGACUUCACUCAGCCAGUAAUUACCACAUAGUUUCUAGCAAGAGGUGAAUACAUGGGAACAUCUAGUGCCUUCUUGCUUGAACCUGUUAGAAGAGUUGCUUGGAAAGACACACUGAUCCCAGACCUGGCCUCCGAAAGCAGUAGUUAAGAAUGAUAUGAUACCGAAGUGCAGUUGAUCGUUUUUCCUGUUAAGCACCCUCCUUACAACCUGAGGCUACUUCUUUUCCCAGAAUUAUGCCAGGACUUUCAGCCUGGUCAACUUCCACAGAAACGUGGACAUGCCUAUAGUAGAGCUAGCCAUCCCUCCAACGUGCAGGACACCCGGAGCGGUGGGGUCCUCUGUUCUGUGGCUUCAGGAGUAAGUCGAUGUCUGACACCAAAUCCCUCCCCAUGCGGCCUCCUAGGAACUCCCUCUGCCAUGCUGGCAAUUUAGCAUCUGAGAGCAGUUCAACCUGAGGGCAUCCCUCCAGGUGUGACACUCCUGUCUCUCCAGUACUUGUGUAGACAAAUCAAAACUAAUCGUCGAGCAGGAAUUUGUGUGGAAUCUCACCCCCAUGGCCUUUGGCCCACCCUCCCUCACAUCUGCUUCAAAGGAGGCAGCAGCCCUUCAGGGCUUUAACCGGGAUUGACGCUCAAAAGUAGCACGUUCAUUUAAGUACUCUAGAUCACUUAAGUCAAUGCAUCUUGUGUUCUGGGGAUAGCAAUGCGGGUAUUCUUCUGCUUCCAAGGCUGGUUUUCCAUGUACCUUUGUCUUACUAUCCCACUGUUGGGGAAAAACAGAGAUUGUAUUAUUUAAGGAGAUAUUAAAAUAUAAGAAAGUGUGAUGUGUUAGCUAUAGUAAUAUAUAUAUAUAUAUAUAUAUAUAUUUAGGAAAUGUUUUAUUUAAAAAUGAUGUAAUGUGCUUGUAUCUUGGUCACAUUUCGAAGCAGGAAUAUAUAUUAGUUUACAUUCUG